AUGGCGAUCGUUUUGCAAAAAUUAUUGAAUAAAUAUAUUCUAAUAUAUUUCAACAAUGAGAACGAUAUGAUGAAGGCCAUAUACGAUUAUGCAAUAGAAGACGAUUCAGGAACCGGUUUACAAGUUAAAAAGCAGGAUGAACUAAUAGACAAAGAUGGUGGUUUUAAGAAUCGGAGAACUCGUAAGACAUCAACCAAUAACGAUAGUUCUCUAUCAGAGGACGAACAAUUUCUCGAAGCAAUGGACAGUCUAACGGCAACAAGUUCAAAAGGUAAAGAAGAUAAUGAAUUUUAUGAUAUAACAAUUGAAGUUGGUAAUGAUCCUUAUGUAAAAAUUUUUCGAGCUCAUAUGGUUAUUUUAAAUUAUCGUUCUCCUUAUUUGCGAAGAAUCUUAUCAACUAGAGUUAAUAGAAAUAAUAAUGAUGGAAGUUUAACUCAUAUUAGAUUACCAAAUAUUUCACCGGAAAUUUUUCAAACGAUCUUAAGAUAUAUCUAUGGAGGAAGCCUUCUUUUAAAAGGAUAUGAUAUUUCGGAUAUUAUUAAAAUUUUAAUUGCUUCCAGUGAACUUGGUCUUCAAGAAUUAAUCAUUCAUUUACAAUUAUUUUUGAUUGAAAAUAGGAAAAAUUGGAUGAAACAAAAUUUUAGUUUGAUAUAUAAAACAAGUUUUGAGAAUAAUUCUUUUUUGAAAUUACAAGAUUUUUGUAAAGAAUUCAUAUUUAAUGAACCGGAAAAAUUUUUUAAUUCAAACGAUUUUACUUCGCUUCCGGAAAGUUGUGUGAUUUCUCUUAUUCAACAUAAAAAUUUUCAAAAGAAUGUUAUUCAAGUUUGGGAACAUGUACUAAAAUGGGGUAUCGCUCAAAAUCCAGAACUUCCUUCAGAUCCUUCAAACUACUCAAAAAAUGAUCUUAACACUUUAAGGGAUACUUUACAACAAUGUACUCGUUUUAUUAAAUUCUUUGAUUUAAACCAUAAAGAAUUUUUGGAUAACGUUUAUCCGUAUAAGAAGGUUUUACCAAAAGACUUACGUGAGAAUUUAAUCAAACAUUUUAUAAAUCAACCAGAUAAUAAGCCAGAACCAAAGAUAACUAAAGAAAUUAGUUCAAAAAAUACUAUGGAUUCAAAAAUCAUCACAAUUCAACAUGCUGAAUUAAUCUCUAAAUGGAUUGAUAAAUUAGAAAUUACGGACGAGAUAAAAAAUCCAUAUGAAUUCAAAUUAAUACUUCGUGGAUCUCGUGAUGGAUUCUCACCUAGGAAAUUCCAUGAAAUUUGUGAUAAUCAAUCUCAUACUAUAUCAAUUAUUAAAGUGGAAGAUAGUAAUGAAAUUCUUGGAGGAUAUAAUCCGAUCAUAUGGAAAUCUGAUUAUAGUUAUGGCAAUACUAUGGAUAGUUUUAUAUUUUCGUUUAGGAAUAAGGAAAAUAUUGAAGAUUAUAUUUUAAGCCGAGUAAAGGAUGAAACUCUUGCUAUAUUUAAUUCCGCUUGUCGCGGUCCAGCAUUUGAUUUUGAUCUUGUUUUGAAUGGAAACAAACGUGGAAGUACGUUGCUUAGUCCACCAUGUUAUGAAAAACCGAUUAGAAAAAUUAAUGGUAGUUUUAACGUAGAAGAAUAUGAAAUAUUUCAAAUUACCGAAGGAAGUGAAGAAUAUGAAAUGUUUCAAAUUACGAAGGGAAGUGAGCCUAAGGGGGACUCAAAUUGUAAUAUAUCUUGA